AUGGAGGCAGCGGCGGUUCUGAACGGGAGCGGAGCGGCCGCCCCCCCCCGGCUGCCCGGCGGCGGCGGAGGAGGCGGCGGCGGCGGCAACGGCUCGCUGGAGCUGUCGUCGCGGACCCCCGCGCCCGCCGCCCUCAACCCUUGGGACGUGAUGCUGUGCGUCUCCGGCACCGCCAUCGCCUGCGAGAACGCCCUGGUGGUGGCCAUCAUCUGCUACUCGCCCGCCCUGCGCACCCCCAUGUUCGUGCUGGUGGGCAGCCUGGCCACGGCUGACCUCCUGGCCGGCCUCGGCCUCAUCCUCAACUUCGUUUUCCAGUACGUGAUCCGCUCGGAGACCGUCAGCCUGCUGACGGUGGGCUUCCUCGUCGCCUCCUUCGCCGCCUCGGUGAGCAGCUUGCUGGCCAUCACGGUGGAUCGCUACCUGUCCCUCUACAACGCCCUCACCUACUACUCGGAGAGGACGGUGCUCUGCAUCCACACCAUGCUGGCGGGCGCCUGGGGGGUCUCCCUCUGCCUGGGGCUGCUGCCCGUCCUGGGCUGGAACUGCCUCCGCGACCGCGCCGCCUGCAGCGUCGUCAGACCCUUGACCAAGAGCAACGUGACGCUGCUGUCCGCCUCUUUCUUCCUGGUUUUCCUCAUCAUGCUCCAUCUCUACGUCGAGAUCUGCAAGAUCGUCUGCAGGCAUGCCCACCAGAUAGCCCUCCAGCAGCACUUUCUGACUGCUUCGCACUACGUCGCCACCAAAAAGGGAGUCUCUACCCUCGCUAUAAUCCUCGGGACUUUCGGAGCCAGCUGGCUGCCUUUUGCCAUCUACUGCGUAGUGGGGGAUCCCGACUACCCUUCCGUGUACACGUACGCCACGCUUCUACCCGCCACCUACAACUCCAUGAUCAACCCCAUCAUUUACGCCUACAGAAACCAGGAAAUCCAGAGGUCCAUGUGGGUGCUCUUCUGCGGCUGCUUUCAGGCUAAAGUGCCCUUUCGCUCCCGGUCCCCCAGCGAUGUCUGAGUGACUUUUCUCUCUGUCAUACCGCACCGAGUGACAAUCCACCCAGUGCCUGUUCUCAACUUCAAACUACGUCGUGAAGUCGUUGGAAACAUGCUUAAGUAUUAGCACUUUAUACAUGUUUGUAUCUCUGAGAGCGGUUCGGGGUACGGAGCUUUGGGUUCUGUGAAAAAAAAGCGUGGUUGUAUAUAAAUUUGCACAUCACAUUUGUAAAGUGAAGACAUUCCGAUACUGCUUAAUUAUAGCACCUUAUUUCUAGCUGCUGACCUGCCAAAACAGUGUUGCCUUUCCAAAGGGCAGAGAGAAAGAAAGUUGUGUUUGUGUUGUAUUUGUACGUGU